AUGAUAAGAUUAUACACAAGUGUAUUAAUAAUAUUAAUCGCAAUAUGUGAUACAGAAUCGAGUAGUGCAUUACAUCGUAUAUUCACAUUUGAAGAUCCAUAUCAAAAUAAUACUAAACAAAUAACACGAUUUGAUCAGGAUACCAGGGAAGUAUUAAAUGAUAAACCAGUUGGUUUACAAAGGACAGUUUUAGAUCUUGAUUUCCCCGAAAGAUUAGGUAACCGUACAGUUGAAAAAAUCUAUAGAGUUGUACAAUGUCUUGCCAAAGGUAAUGUAGAAUACCUUCAAAAGAAAAUUUAUAAAAGUUUAAAAGUCAAAUUAACACCUAGAGAACCUUAUAAUAGUGGCGGUGGAAAUUGUACUAAUGAAGUGGUAUUAACACUUAGUCCUCCUGGAACCAUUAAUAAUAAUUUUCACCUUUCAAACCAUUACAGAUUACAUGAACGAAAAGUUACUCUUAAUAAAACGGAAGCUAAAACAGUUGAAUUCCAAGAUGUUCUCAAUGACGGAUUACUUGAUAUGGAAUCAUUCUGGCUAAAUUUUGAAAUUAAAGGGAAAUGCUCUAAAUAUCUAGUUGUAGAAUUACUUAAACCUAAUAAUUUUGAUCCGUUGGGUAACGCAUCAGAUCAAUCAACAAAUACAUUAACUUAA